UGGGAUAUUUAAGUCUUCUCCGCGGCGCGGAGCCGCGAUGUCUCCGGCGGCAGCGGCGGCUGGCGGAGGCGAGCGGCGGCGGCCGAUAGCAAGCGUCAGGGACGGCCGGGGCCGGGGCGGGGGCUGCGGGGGCCGGGGCGGGGCGGCGCUCCUCGGCCUGUCGCUGUUCGGCCUCGUGCUGUACCUGGUGCCGGCGGCGGCGGCGCUGGCCUGGCUGGCCGUGGGGGCCACCGCGGCCUGGUGGGGACUGAGCCGCGAGCCCCGCGGUUCGCGCGCCCUCUCCUCGCUCGUUCGGAACGCGCGGCGCCAGCGGACCCUGCACGCCUCGCCUCCAGCCAAGUCAGCGGUGAACGGAAACCUCCUAGAGCCGCGGACCCUGCUCGAAGGACCCGACCCCGCCGAACUGCUCCUCAUGGGCAGUUACCUGGGCAAGCCCGGCCCCCCGCAGCCUGCCCCCGCCCCGGAGGCCAGGGACCUGCUGGAGAGGCCUGGCCGCCGCCGCACUCCCGCCCGCGCCGCGCCGCCCGCGCACUCGGCCCAUCGUGUGCAUCACGUUCACCCCUCUCCCCCCACUCCUCUUCUUCGAUCCUCUAGGAGGCCUUCCCACCGGGAUUGUGGGACUUUAUCAAAUCGCUUUAUGAUAACACCUCGAAGACGCUAUCCAAUCCAACAGGCCCAGUAUUCCCUUCUGGGCGUACUUCCUACAGUGUGCUGGAAUGGUUAUCACAAGAAGACUGUGCUGUCUGCUCGUAAUUCCAAAAUGGUGUGCAGCCCAGUGACAGUGAGGAUUGCUCCUCCGGAUAAUAAACGAACUCGUUCACCAUUACCAGAGCAGACAAUCAACUCAACACUGUCCUCACCAUCAGGUAAUGCCCCAGACCCAUGUGCGAAGGAGACCGUACUAAGUGCCCUCAAGGAGAGGAAGAAAAGGACCGUGGAGGAGGAAGACCAAAUAUUUUCUGAUAGCCAGGAAAAUAAAAGAAGGCGCCACGAUAGCAGUGGGAGUGGACAUUCAGCAUUUGAGCCCCUGGUGGCCAAUGGAGUCCCUGCUUCUUUUGUGCCUAAACCUGGCUCUCUGAAGAGAGGCCUUAAUUCCCAGAGCUCCGAUGACCACUCGAAUAAGAGAUCUCGCACCUCUUCCGUGAGCUCCUUGACAAGCACAUACACAGGUGGCAUCCCUAGCUCCAGCCGCAAUGCCAUUACCAGUUCUUACAGUUCGACUCGAGGUCUCUCUCAGCUUUGGAAGAGAAGUGGGCGCAGCUCCUCCCCCUUAUCUAGCCCCGCCUCGUCCCGCUCCCAGACACCAGAGAGGCCGGCCAAGAAAGUAAGAGAAGAUGAGCUUUCUCGUCGCUCCGGUUCUUCGACGCCGCUGGCAGCAGACACGGAGGCCCAGGGAGAGAGAGCUGCAGAUACGACCAUGUGGAAAGCACAGAACUCGUGGAGCUCCCCGCCCACACCUGGCAGCUCAGGGCAGCGCAAGCGGAAGGUUCAGCUGCUGCCCUCGCGGCGAGGGGCCCGGCUGACGCUGCCCCCUCCUCCCCAGCUUGGCUACUCCAUCACCGCCGAGGACCUCGAACUGGAAAAGAGAGCUUCGCUGCGGUGGUUUAACAAGGCCUUGGCGGAAGGGACCGAUGCUGCCUCAAACUGUGUCACCGAGAAGCCCCCUACCACUCAGCCUUCUCUGACGCUUACCCUGCCCGCUGCUGGGACUGCUGCUGGGACCACCGCCGCCGCGGCCGCCGCCCCCGCCCCCGCCCCAAGCACCAACCCGCUGCUGGAGAGCUUGAAGAAGAUGCAGAGUUCCGCCAGCCUGCCGCCUUCCCCAGAGUCCACGGCAGCGGCAGCCACUGCGGCCCCUUCGCCUCCGAAGACACCCAGCCUUCUGGCCCCUCUUGGCUCUCCACAGUCAGGGCCCCUUCCAGGCACCUCCUCAGACGCCAAAUCUGCAGCCGCUUUCUUGGGGCUGACGCCUGCUGCGUCCCAGAUACCAGCCACCGACACCGCCGUGUCCUCUCUGGCUCCUCAGGCGGAGACGUCUGCCACGUCCCCAGCCCCGGCUGCCCCGUCCCCCACCCCUAAGCCGAGUCUUCUGCUGGGAAUGCUGAGCGCCGCACCUGCUGACCCCGCCGUGUCGACAGCCCCCAGCAUGUCCUCAGCAUCCCCCAUGUUCAAGCCCAUCUUUGCAGUCCCGCCAAAAAGCGAGAACGAGGACCCCUUGCUGUCCAGCCCCUCCAAGGUCGCCACCACGGCACCUUCCGGCUCUGCCCUCGCUGCACCUGCCAGCAGCCCUCAGCCCACGUUCAAGCCUAUCUUUGGCAGCAUGGGGUCCCCUGCAUCUGCGCCCUUGUCUGCUCCUUUCUCCUUCAGUCAGACCACUGCCCCGGCCACUGCCGGGAAUGUUCCUCUCUUCGCCGGCCAGGCCGCUGCCGCCUCAGCCGUGGCUCCCGUGAGCACAGCCAGCACAUCGGCCGACUCUGCUUCGAAGCCCGUGUUCAGCUUUGGCGUGAGCAACGUGACCAGCACCACCACCUCCGCCGCCCCACCUUUCCUCUUUGGGGCUCCCCCCGCCUCCGGGGCCAGCUUUACCCCAGCCACGGGCUCCAUCUUCCAGUUCGGCAAGCCACCCGCCGCGCCCGCAUCCACGGCCGUCACCACGUUCGGCCAGUCCCUGCCCGGAGCCGUGCAGACCGCCGCCGCCACCAGCAGCAGCAGCAGCGCCGCCUCCUUCAGCGGGUUUGGCGGUGGCCUCACCACGCCCGCGCCCGCCACCAGCAGCCCGCCGGCGCCGACCUUCACCACCGCCACCGCCGCCCCGGCCUUCCACAUUCCCUUCGGCUCGAGCACCAAGCCUGCGCUGUCUUCGUACCCGGGGGCCAACCCCCAGCCCCCGUUCGGGGCUGCCGACGGGCAGCAGCAGGGGGCCGCCAAGCCGGCCCUCGCCCCCAGCUUCGGCAGCUCUUUCACUUUCGGGAACUCUGCAGCCCCGACUCCGGCCACGACCCCAGCGCCCGGCCCGGCCCAGCCUGCCUUUGGCGGCGUCACGCAGUCCAGUUUCGGCAGCUUGAAGCCUGCCGCCUCCGCCUUUGGCACCCCCGCCAGCACCCAGCCCGCCUUUGGCAGCAGCACACCUAUGUUCUCCUUUGGGGCGGCCACCACCUCCGGAUUUGGAGCUACGACCCAGACCACCAGCAGCGGGACCAGUAGCUCCGUGUUCGGCAGCACGACGCUGUCACCCUUCACGUUUGGAGGAUCUGCCGGCCCGGCUGGCAGCGGGGGCUUCGGGAUCAAUGUGGCCACCCCCGGCACCUCCGGAGCGUUCAACUUUGGCACAGGACAGAGUGGGACCACCAGCGGCACGACCCCUUUCGGAGGAGGCUCAAGUCAGAGCACGUUGGGCGGACCCAGUCAGAGCACACCCUUUGCCUUCAGUGUGGGCAGCACCCCUGAGAGCAAACCUGUGUUCGGAGGCACCUCUACACCCACCUUUGGUCAGAACACCCCUGCCUCCGGGGUGGGCACGUCGGGCAGUGGUCUCUCCUUUGGGGCAUCCUCAACACCCACCCAAGGCUUUGUUGGCGUCAGACCUUUCGGAUCGGCGGCCCCUUCCUUUUCCAUUGGUGCAGGAUCCAAGACCCCCGGGGCCCGGCAGCGACUGCAGGCCCGCAGGCAGCACACCCGCAAGAAAUAGCCUUUGUCCCCGUCCUGUCCCCCGCUCCCUGCCCAAACGUGGACCUCAGCCCCUGCUGGGAGGAGCCUCUAACCCUUCUAGUUCCGUAGAGCAACCUCCGCCGCCCCCACGUUCAGCUUCUGCCGGGGGAGGCAGCGGCAGCCGUGGUGGCCGUGCCCGCUCGAGGGAGAAGCCUCGGGCCUCUGAGGGCGGGGGCACAGGGCAGCCGCCUGCUCCCUUGGCUUGAGCAGCUGCGGCGAGGCUGGAGAGCGGGCGAGAACAUCUGUACAUACCGUCACCUCCUCUCCUGACUCUUCUGUGGAGGACGCGCGUCGUCAGGGGGCCUCCCUCCCGCUCCCCGGAGGGUCAGCUCGGGGUGGGGGUGUCGCCGGCACAGUGCUUGCCCGCGUCGCUGCUGGGCAGCGGGGGACCAGGGUCGGGGAGCUGGGUUGGUCCCGCAGCUUUUCCGUGCUUGGCUUGCCUGUAAACAGUGGUCGUCCCCGGGUCCCCUUAGGGGACCCUGCUUCCCCACUUCUCGCUGCUCUGGCCCGCCCCCGAAUUUGGCUUUGCCUUGGAGAGCCCGGUGGGCACUGCUCCUGCUCUUCCUCUUCCUGCCGAGUCUGAGUCCGUGUGUGGCCCCCCGCCCUCUGCCAGUUUGGCCCCUUAAAGCUUGGUGGCUCGAGACUGUUAGCCUGGCAGCUGCAAGGGCAGAUCCCUCGCGCCGGGGAAGCGGGGCGAGCGGGCAGGACGGCCCUCCGCGCCCGCCCGCCCGCGCCCGCCCGCCCUCCCCUGGGCCGUAUGUUUGAGGCCUCGUCCCGUGUUAGUCUGAUGCUUGCGUCUGUUGCUCUGUGAAUCGAGUUUGGAGGAAGAAUCGGACCGUGUGAGUGGCGGCAUGUUGGUAGUGCCGGACUUCGCUUGUCGCGUUUCUGGGGCGUCACGCAUCGAGCGUGCAAAGUAGCGCCGCUUUACGCUACAUGCGCUCACGCCUGGAUUUCCCGAUGGGGUUUUCGACUUUUAAGGGCUGGCAGCCCGAGAGGAUGGGGCCGAGGGGAAGCAAAGACCCCCCCCCCCC